AUGAUGAGGCCAGGAGAGGAUGAAGAGAAGGUUAGAACCAAGAUUCUGUCAAAAGGAGCUUUAGAGAUGAAGGAGGAGGUUAGUAAAGCCAAUGCCCCAGUUCCAACUUGGCCCCUGCUAUCACUCGGGCCCCAUCUCAAACAAUAUGCUACCUGUCACUAUGUGUCAGGCAGGUGAGUCAUGGCCUGAGGGCUCAUUAUGGGUACCACUGACCUGUCAAAGCAUCUGAAAAGCACUGGCAGAGAGGAGUUGGAUUAAGGUGACCACACUCCCAUGGGGCAGCACCAUGACCAUGUCUGGCUCCCUACAAAUAUGGAGGAUGACUGGGGCAAGCUCCUGGGGCUGGUGGAUGCUCUAGCUUUAUGGUCCAGCCAGAGGGAAAAGGAAGUUAAAAGGAUGGAGAGGGCCAUAGAAUGGUGGGAGAGAAGUGGGAGAGGGAAGGAACAAGCACUGGAGGAGGAGGAAAGGACCUUUCUGGAGAUGAAGAAAGGAUGGAGAGAGCUGAGAAGGACGUAUGACCGCAGCCAGGUAAAGGACUUGCCUGCAGCAGCACAUCCUGUCCAUUCUGUCUAA